AUGAUUUUUGAAGGCUGUUAUGAGGAUUCCUGUCACAAGGAUGGCUACUAUGGCUACGACUGCCACGAUGGAUACUGUGGCAAGAUCUGUGAUCUUCACCAUUGUUGGCACCCCGAGUACAAAACCCUAAGAGGCAAGGUAAGAGUCGAGGCUGAUGUGGUGUUCGAAGGCUGCUACGAAGAUACUUGCUACAACGAUCAGUACUACGGACAGGACUGCCACAAUGGUUACUGUGCUCGCAUUUGUGACAUUGAUCACUGCUGGCAAUCUAAGCACAAGACUUUCAGCGGCAAGGCCAGAAUUGAGGCUGAUGUAGUCUUCGAGGGUUGCUAUGAAGAGACCUGCCAUCGUGAUCACUACUUUGGCUAUGAUUGCCAUGACGGAUACUGCGGCAAAAUCUGUGACAUGGAUCAGUGCUGGGAACCCAAAUAUAAGGCCAUCAAAGGCAAGGCAAGGAUUGAGGGCAAUGUGAUCUUUGAGGGCUGCUUCGAGGAGAGCUGCCACCAAGGCCAGUACCGCGGCUACAAUUGUCACAACCAGCAGUGCAAAAGAGUCUGUGAUUUCGACAGGUGUUGGGAACCGGAAUCUAAGACAAUCAAGAUCAAAGGCAAACUCAUCGGAGACAUAGUCUUUGAGGGCUGCAUGAAGGAGAGUUGUGAACAGGGUCAUUAUCAUGGAUAUGACUGUAAGCUCGGAAGGUGCGCCUUUGUGUGUGACAGGGAGAAGUGCCACGAGUCCUCCAAGCCAUAUGGCUAUUAA